CGGAGAAUUCCUUCUUGGCCAGCCAUUCACUACAGCAACUUUUCGAGUGGAAAGGAGAAGGAAAUAAAAUCAAAUCUCUCUCUUCGUUAAUUUCGAUCUGGAGAGACCUACUGUUCUUCGAGCGAAAAUCUGUUGCUUCGCAAAUCUCUCACAAAUCAACAAAUCAUUCAUUCCAAAACUAAUUUCCAAAUUUUCCCAUUUAAAAAUAUGAAUUUAAUUGUUGUUAAAAAUGAAGCGGCUGUCAUUGAGAGACUGAAGAAGGAAAUUGAAGACAGAGCCGAAGAGGCUGUUAAAACCAGAGGAGUAUUUAGAGUGGGACUGUCCGGUGGUUCAUUGGUCAACUAUUUAAGCACUGCCAUACAAUCGAUGAAAGUAGAUCUGAGUAAAUGGCAAUUAUUUUUCUGUGAUGAACGUUUUGUUGCCGAAAAUGAUAGCGACUCCACAUAUGGUGUUUACAAAACCGCAUUGAUACCCAAAACAUCUCUCAAAGAAGAACAAUUUAUAUGGAUCGAUCUGAGCGGUACAGUGGAGGAAUGUGCCCACGAUUAUGAGAAGAAAAUUCUAAAAGAAUUUGAUAUGGAACAAGCGGUGGUGCCACGUUUUGAUUUAUUACUUUUGGGUAUGGGUCCAGAUGGUCAUACCUGUUCACUGUUUCCAGGUCAUAAAUUGCUCGAGGAAAACCACAAGUUGAUAGCUGCUAUAGAAGAUUCUCCGAAGCCACCACCAAAACGUGUAACUAUGACAUUACCACUUAUCAAUAAUGCAUCAUGUUGUCUCUUUGCUAUGUGUGGCGAGGGGAAGGCCGAUAUGGUGAAGAAAGUUUUUGUGGACAAGGAACCAUUACCAGCAGGACUGGUACAACCAACUAAUGGUGAUCUCAUUUGCAUUUUAGAUGAAGCUGCCGGAAAAUAUGUAAAACAGUAGCGUCCUUAAAAAAGAAUUUAUUAAGAAAACAUUACACAAGUUUUUAUAUGGAUAUUUUCGAUAUUGAUUUACAUUAAAAUACCUUUUUUAAAAAAAUAUAUAACGUAUUAAAUUACUCACUCAUGUACAAUUAUAUAUGUGUAAAAAUACUUAAGGAAACACUGUGCAACAAAAAACAAUUUAAAAAAAUUACAGAAAAACAGAAAUCGGCGUUUUAAAAGUGUAAAUCGCAAAGAAAUCUAAAUAUAGGACCAAAAAUGUUCACCUAUUUCAA